UUCACACACACUCACACAGUUGAGAUUACAUAAAACACCACAAUACUCUGCCUUCACAAAACAAUACUCUGUUUUUUCUUCUUCCUCGAAAUGGCUUCCUCUGUUCUCUUCCUACUCUCAAUCUUCUUCACCUUUCUCUCUCUACAAUCUUCUCUCUCUAACUCAGCCAUACUCCUCCCCUUAUCCCACUCUCUCUCCACCACCCUUUUCAACACCACCCACCACCUCCUCAAGUCCACCGCCACCCGCUCCGCCUCCCGCUUCCGCCGCCACCGCAGCCGCGUCUCCCUCCCACUCUCCCCCGGCGCCGACUACACCCUCUCCUUCUCCAUCGGCGCCGAGACAAUCUCUCUCUACAUGGACACCGGAAGCGACGUCGUUUGGCUGCCCUGCCACCCCUUCGAAUGCAUCCUCUGCGAAGGCAAAUACUCCCCCUCCGCCGUCUCCCACCCCGGCCCUCUCAACCUCACCUCCGCCUCCCCCACCUCCUGCAACUCCGCCGCCUGCUCCGCCGUCCACUCCUCCCUCCCUUCCUCCGACCUCUGCGCCAUGGCCGAAUGCCCCCUCGAGUCCAUUGAAAUCGACGAGUGCAACCCCUUCCACUGCCCGCCGUUCUACUACGCCUACGGCGACGGAAGCUUCGUCGCCAGGCUUUUCCAGGACACGCUGUCGUUCCGUGCGGCGGCGCCGCCGCUGGAGCUGCCGAAGUUCACCUUCGGCUGCGCCAACAGCGCCCUCGGAGAGCCGAUCGGUGUCGCCGGAUUCGGACGUGGACUGCUAUCUUUGUCGGCUCAGCUCGCCAGAAGCUCGCCGGAGAUCGGAAACUACUUCUCUUACUGUUUGAUUUCCCACUCGUUUGACGCGGACCGAGUUAGGCAACCGAGUCCACUCAUUCUGGGUCGGUACGAGGAAAAAAUCAAGAAAGAGGGUACAACAACUACUACUACUAACGUUGUUUAUUACAGCUACACGCCGAUGCUGAAUAAUCCAAAGCACUCGUACUUUUACUGUGUGGGGUUGGAGGCGGCGUCGGUGGGUGGGAAGAGAAUUCCGGCGCCGGCGAGUUUACGGAGGGUCGACCGGAGGGGAAACGGCGGCAUGGUGGUGGAUUCCGGGACGACGUUCACUAUGCUGCCGAGAAAAUUCUACGAAUCGGUGGUCGGCGAGUUCGACCGCCGCGUCGGAGCGGUUUUCCGACGGGCGAAUGCGGUGGAGGAGCGGACUGGGCUGAGCCCGUGCUACUAUGCGAAGGAGGGGGAGAAAUUCUUCGCCGGCGUGCCGCAGUUGGUGUUGCAUUUUGGAGGGAACUCGAGUGUUGUGAUGCCGAGGAGGAAUUACUUUUACGAGUUCUCCGAUGCGGCGGCGAAGCGGGUGGUGGGGUGCGUGAUGUUUUUGGACGGCGGCGAUGAGGCGGAAGGCGGCGGAGGGCCGGCGGGGCUGCUGGGGAACUACCAGCAGCAGGGGUUUGAGGUGGUUUACGAUUUGGAGGAAAAACGGGUCGGGUUUGCCAGGAGGAAGUGCGCUUCUAUGUGGGGAUAAUUUGAACUAUGGGGAUCACACGUGCGGGCUUUGACCCUAGUGUUUUGACUUUUGGGGUUUGGUCAAAACGGGUCGGGUUGGGUGGCAAUCGGAUCCUUCUUUGCUUUGCAAUUUUUGCUUCUGGUUUUUGGGUUACGACGAAAUUGUAUGGGUCAAGAGAUGAGAAGCAAAAAUUGGAAGGUAAUAAAAAUAAGGGAAAUAAUGUAAAUGUGUACAUUUUAAAAAUAACUCUUUAAAUAUACUUGUAUUUAUAUAAUUUUUUUUUACAAUAAAUAUCUGUCGUCUGAUUUUUUCGGGGUAGAAUUAUACUUUUGAUCCCUUAUAUUUGGUUCAAUUCGACUUUUGGUUCCGGUUGUUCUAAAGUAAAAAAAAAUCACCUCUAGUGUUCAAUUUUAAACA